UCUCGCUGCAUCGCGGUGACUCUGUACCCGCUGGCGCUCAUCUCCAUCAUCUGUACUCGUGCUGUUCUUUCUGACGGAGACAUCAAGUAGCCCAGAUGGACACAUCCCGAGGAGGUGAAAUACAUGGGGGGGCUCGUCGGAGGAGGUUUGCUGGUUUUGCUCCCGGCGCUUUACAUCAACCUGACGGGAAAAGGCUGCUGUGGGAACGCUUGCGGGAUGUUCUUGUCUAUCGCCUUCGCUGCCGUGGGCGUCGCUGGCGCUGUACGCCUCAGCGUGGCGGCUGUGGGUCUGCAGAACGGCCUCUGUGCAAAGUGGUGGCUGAUCUGGGGGACACCUUUUAAAAACACCGACAGCAGCUACCUGACCGACGACUCCACGUGGUGGCAGUGCACGGAGCCCAAGAACAUCGUGCAGUUCAACAUCGGACUGUUCGCCACUCUGGUGGUCACCAGCAGCCUGGAGGCCAUUCUGUGCGCCAUCCAGAUGAUCAACGGGCUGUUCGGCUGCCUGUGCGGGGCCUGCGUGGAUAAAGGGCCACUGUGAGCUCCUGAUGGUCGCCUUGUGCCUCCUGCUGGACGACCCAGAGAACUGUUCGUUGGUUGCAGCUGUGCAUAAAUUUUCACUUUGUUCGACAGAUUUUUAUACUUUUUAUGUAAAUUUCAUGAAGCUUAACGCAAUAAAACCCAAGAAAUGUU